AUGAGUUUGUCCAAGUGCAAGAUCAUACCAUACAAGGCUUUUCAAUGGAGUUCCCUUAGGGCUUUGACAAUUAAGUGUACAGAGGUUUCUAGUCGUUCUAUUCAAAAGAUUCUAUUGGGCAACCCUGUAUUGGAGUUUCUGGAAUUGUAUUGGUGUUGGCUUGAUGAUCACUUGAAUAUCAAUUCUGCAAGUUUGAAGAAAUUGGUGAUAAGGGGCUAUAGGAACCCAUUUCUUGAAGAAGUGGAUUCUGAGUUGAUAAUCUCAGCUCCUAAGGUUUUGUCACUGGAAAUUCUGGGGUAUAUUAUGAGUAAGAAGAUUCGGGUAGUGAAAGUGCCAUCUUUAGUUGAAGCUAAGCUGAAUUUUGAACAAGAUUAUGACACGAGAUGAUUGUAAUGCGCAGAGAGAUAUGUUGGCUGGUCUUCUUGUGUGCCUUCAGCAUGUUAAGGAUCUUACCUUAGGGUCUUUCUGUAUUCAGGUCCUAGCAGCACUAGAGGUGAAAGGUCUGCCAUCUCCCUUGUCAGAGUGCAAACGUUUAACGUUAAUCAUGCACAUGAAGAAAUGGGACCUCCCAGGUAUAGCAAGCGUGCUACAAAGUUCACCUGAUCUAGAGACAUUAGUCAUGGAUUUGGCCUCACCUUGCUACCCAGAGACUCGAGAGAUUUAUUUCAGAGAUAAGAGGAAAUCAUUCUUUGACUGAGUUGGUUUUAGAGGCUCCCAGAAUACAGCUAUACAUGCAUUGUGUUCCGACCUACUCAAUCUCUACUUGUUGUUUAAAUUUCCCCCCCUAUUUUCUCAGGUCUUGUGAUUUUGAUGGAGAGAGCUACUGGACAUCCAAAAGCGAGAUUUUAAGUGUUUGUUGCUGCAUCUGAAGACUGUUAAGAUUGCUGGCUUCAUAGGAGGUUCUUGUGGAUUUGAAGUUGCACUUGUACAAUUUCUGCUUCAGAAUGCAUGGGUUUUGGAGAAGAUGAUUGUCAAUGCAGGAAGGGUUGGUUGGCCCCGAUACUCUACUUCCAGCAUAUGCUCAGAAUUUCUCCAGUUGACUCAAAAAUUGUCAAGCUUUCCAAGAUCCUCCCCUCACGCGGUAAUGUUGUUCCCUGAAGUGAAUAUGCCAUAAACAAUUCCACUCUCAUAAUGACAUUAGUGGAUGUUUGUUUUUGUUCCUGGAUUAUCAUUGGAUGUUUUGUUUAGUAUUCAGUGGAUAUCUAUUGCUGUUUUUAUUUAUGCAAUGCAGUUGAACUUGAAGGUCCAACUUAAAAUAUGGAUUUAUCCUGUAAAAAACUUUCAAAUUGGGGCAACAAAUUGGCAAAUGAAGAAGUGGUGGUCAUGGCUUAUAUGUUUGUGUAGUUUGCUUUAUAUUCAAUGUAGGCCUGAUAAUGCACCCAAAAAAAAAAGAAUAGUUUACCUAAAAGGUAAGCAACAAAGAUGCCAACUAAAA